AUGAGCCCUGUGUCAAUGACACCAAAAAGUCCAAGUCUCGCUGGUUCCGACGGCGAGCACAGGCAGAGCCCAACUUCGUCCCCCGCACUCGGUGCAACGUCGGACAUUGCGUCCGCAGCACCGAGGGAUGUAUAUUCUAGGCUCAAUGAGCACAAGCGUCGUGCUCCGCGCACGCUAUCAGUGACGAACGACCUCGUUGAGGAUGUGGGGUUGGUCGACUACGAGUCUGACAACCCUUUUCCCGCAUGGUAUAACGAGGAAAGCGAGCUGCACCAGCAGCGUGAUACGAGCCCUGCUCGCGCCUUGCAGACCGCAUGUCCGUUCCCUGACUUCUCGUCAACUGAGGAACGUGGUAGCGAAACUACUCCACGACAAAGCCAUUUGCCAACUUGGCUUGACUGUGACAAUUGUUCAAGCUUUCAUAGGCUCAAGACGAUUCUUGUAUUGUUGCUUCCAAGAUCAACUCCAUGA